AUGUCGUCAUUUGAUCUUCUUCAUCAUCUCAUUGAUAAGGAGAGAGCGGAAGAAGGAAUUGCUACUCAAAAAAUUUGUUUUAAUUAUGGUAGCAAUUGUUAUAAGAUGUCCUUUAACAUUCAAGUGAAAAAUUGCAUAACUUAUUUUGUCUAUCAGCAGGCUCCACUUACAUAUAAAUGUAGGUUUCUACAAUGUGUUCGUGGUAACUGCACAUCAAACGGCUCAGAUAGCGUUCAUUGUAUUUGUGAGUCUGGUUAUACAGGGAUACUUUGCGAUUCAGAUAUUAAUACAUGUCUAUCCAAUCCUUGUCGUGCUGGUAACUGUAUCAAUCAUGACGGAAAUUUUACUUGCCAAUAUCCGAAAGGCUUAAGUGGUGCAUGCUGUAAUACAUGUAAUUUUUGGAAAGAUAUCUAA